CGAAAGGGGAACCAGGUCAAUCACUAGAAGAUCCUCGAGUCAUGAUAUCUCCUCCUCAUUUGAUUGUCAAUGAAAGUCAGUCAGCACUCUUCCAUUAUUCUAUCCGUGGUAAUCCACAGCCCCUGUUUGGCUGGAGUAAAGUGGGAGGUUCAUUAGACACGACAAGAUCAAUAGUUAAUAGUAGCAGAGGUAUACUAGAGAUCAAACAUGUCACAUUCUCUGACUCAGGGAUAUAUCAAUGUAAUGCAUCUAGUAUUMUUGGUAAAGCACUUGCMACMACAAGACUAGUKGUSAAYUACCGUCCUCGAGUWAGCCUAAAGAAAGGACCAAUCUACGUUAAGAUAGGAGACAACGUCACACUACCAACAUGUCACGUGAUGGGGCAUCCCAAACCCAGAGUCACGUGGUCCAGGUCCAUUGGUAAAUUGCCAUCAAAUCGUACCCUUACUCGUGAUAACGAGUUGACCUUGUUUAACGUUGUGAAGGAUGAUUCUGGUACAUAUGUGUGCACGUCUGAUAAUUUUCUUGGUUCUGAUGCUGCAGGAUGUGUACUGGUGGUCGUACAGCUACCUGUGUUUGUUGUCAGACCACCCAACAUAUCUUAUGCUAUCGUUGGUUCAUCAUUGACUCUCAAUUGUUCAGCUAAAGGUGAUCCAGAACAAGUGAUCAGCUGGAGAAGAGAAAAUGGUGCUCUUCCCUCUGGUAGAUAUGAAAUAACUCCAAACGGUUCUCUGGUCCUGAGGAACAUUCAAGCAUCUGAUGAUGAUAUCUAUGUCUGCUCUGCUACAAGUGCUGGGGUAUUCGAUGUGCAGGUAAAAUCUACAUUGAAUAUUUUCUAUCAUGACUGCUCAGAGAUCUACAAAUCAGGUGAAAGACGUAGCGGUGUGUACACGAUAAAACCCGACAGUGAGAGAGCGUUUCAAGUCUACUGUGACAUGACAACUGACGGAGGGGGGUGGACAGUGUUUCAGAGGAGGCAAGAUGGAUCUGUAGACUUUUAUCGUGACUGGCAGCAAUACAAAACCGGUUUUGGAAACCUGAAUGGCGAGUUCUGGUUGGGUAACGACUACAUCCAUCGACUGACAGAAAAAACACCUUCGGUGCUACGAGUGGAGCUGGAGGACUGGAACAGAAACAAGAAAUAUGCCAAAUAUGGUAGUUUUAGUGUUGGUGAUGAAUCAGACAAGUACAGACUCAAGGUUGCUUCGUAUUCAGGUGAUGCUGGAGACUCACUUAUCAGUCAUCACAAUAACCUAUUUUCCACAAAGGAUCGAGAUAAUGACAAACAUCAAAGCAAGUGUACCACAUUAUUUGGUGGUGCCUGGUGGUAUCGUGCAUGUUACGAUUCUAAUCUUAAUGGCAAAUAUUUUGGCAACAAAAGAGAUGAAAAGGGAAUUGCGUGGGAAGGAUUUCAUUAUGACCUUUCUUUAAAAUAUUCUGAAAUGAAAAUUCGUCCGAUAUCGUUCUAGCUGCAUGCUGUUUCUUGAUUUUGAACUCUGAUCUCAAUCUCGUUUACAGAGCUCACGUUCCUCUUUAAGUAUAGCCAAACUCGUAACCAGACCCUCCUCAGCUUUCUAAAGAAAAACGUGAAUGGCCUAUAGACCUUAAUCGUCUUUAAAAUGUAGAAUUAAGAAUUCACUGGGAAUAAGAACUGGGAUAAGUACUUUUAAAUAUAUAUAGAAAAAUCAUAACUAAAAUUAAGAGAAAAUGAAAAACAUUCUAAUACAGUAGAAUUUCUAUUGUUCAACAUUAGUAUUCAACACUUGUAUUCAACAUUUGUAUUCAAAAUGCAUGAAAUACCAGGUACUUUGCUAAACAGCAUUUAAAGCUAGUCUAAGCUGGGUAGCAGUUAAGGUAUGGAUUUUAAAAACACAGCGAUGCGAUAGUAACUCAAUGACGUUCUCUCGUUUAAGCGCUUUUUUUGGAGGGAGAAAAACCGGGAAAAACCCUCGAAUAGCGAUAUUCACUCUUUACAAAGGAAUCUGGAAUCAGGAAUCUUUUCUCGUUCAAAUUUGCCAACCAUUAAGACAAAAAUAACUCUUUGUUUCAGUAGCCAAAAGAGUACUGGUUGGUACAUUAAUAAAAAUAGGUGAGCAUGUGAUAGUGUAAAACCUCUAUUAAGGGAGAAACUUAACAAAGUAUAUUCAAAUGUGA